AAAAUAAAUGUGUAAAUCAGUUCAUGACAUUUUAUUACAUCUAAAUAUUAAUAAUGAACAUGGAGGAAUUGAAAAUGGAAAAAGGUGAAGUCUUGAUAUUAAAUAGUGACGCAGAAAAAUUCAUAAAAAAAGAUUCAACAAUUAUUAAAUUACUAAGAUCAUGUUGUUUGAUUCCUCAACGUUACGUAUUUGCGAUUGUAGGAUUGAUUGGUAUAUGCAAUGCAUUUACUAUGCGUGUAACCUUAAACAUGGCUAUUACACAAAUGGUGAAACACAAAUACAAUGGAAGAGAAAAUUUAGAUCCCGAUGCAUGUCCUAGUGAUGGUAUAAGCAACAAUACAACUGUUGUAACAAAUCCAUAUGCUAUAUUUGAAUGGGAUGAAAUGACACAGGGUCUUCUUUUAAGUGGAUUUUAUUAUGGUUAUGCAACGACACAAGUUUUAGGAGGAUAUUUAGCCCAAAAGUUUGGGGGUAAAUGGGUAUUAGGAUUUGGUUUACUUAGCACAGCUUUGUUUACUUUCUUAACUCCAAUUGUAACGCGAAUGGGUGGAUCAACUUGGUUAUUUAUUCUUCGUAUUGUAGAAGGAAUGGGAGAGGGCCCAACGAUGCCUGGCUUAUCGUACAUGAUGGCGCGAUGGAUACCACCCCAUGAACGAGCAUUCAUAUCUGCUAUCAUUUUUGGAGGGGGGCAAAUUGGUAACAUCUUCGGGUCAAGCAUGUCCGGAUUGUUAUUAGCUAAUGGCAGAGAUUGGGCAUAUGUGUUCUACUUCUUCGGCGGUUUCGGUAUAUUUUGGUUUAUACUCUGGAGCUUUCUGUGCUACAGUGAACCAAAUACACACCCAUUCAUUUCCAAAAAGGAAUUAGAUUAUUUAAACGAAACCGUGACGAGGGCUAAAAAUAUUAAUAAAAGAGAUCCAGUACCGUGGAAAGCUAUUAUAAGAUCACCUCCUGCAUGGGUCUUGCUAGUAGCUAAUGUGGGACACGAUUGGGGUCUAUAUACGAUAGUUUCGGAUCUCCCAAAAUAUACGCAUGAUGUUUUAAAGUUCAAUAUUGCGACCACUGGCAUUCUCACCGGCUUACCUUUUAUGGCUAUGACGAUAUGUGCUUCUAUUUUUGGUAUUAUUUGUGACUUUAGCAUAAGAAAAAAAUGGCAUAGCGUAAAAACUGCUAGAAGAAUAUACACAACUAUAGCUGCGACUGGUCCAGCGAUAUGCAUUAUCCUAGCUUCAUAUUCUGGAUGUGAUCGAAACGCAGCUAUAAUCUACUUCAUUAUGUCAAUGGGACUUAUGGGUGCAUACUACAGCGGCAUGAAGGUAAAUACAUUGGAUAUGGCGCCUAACUAUUCAGGAAGCCUAACAUCGUUUAUAAAUACUGCGUCCACAUUUGCCGGAAUGAUAACGCCGUAUUUGAUUGGACUUUUAACGCCUGAUUCGACCUUGAUACAGUGGCGAAUAGCAUUUUGGGUUUGUUUUGUAAUGCUCGUCGGAACAAACAUCGUGUAUUGCAUCUGGAUGGAAGUAGAUCAGAUAUGGUGGGAUGACGUCAGACAGUUUGGCUAUCCACCUGGAUGGAAACAUGGUUCUCUUACAAGCGAUGAAGCAUCAAAUUCUCAAGACGUUGAAUUAAUUAAAAAACAACCAAAAGAGAUUUCUUAAUUUUCGUUAUAUAAUAAGGCAUACUUUUCUCAUGUAACUUUUA